AUGGCCGACGAUCAUAAAGCCGCAAGACUCGUGGCUCUCAUUGCGUCUGUAUUCAUUUCGCUUGUAGCGGGAACACCAUAUCUCUACGGUGUUUAUUCGCCUCAAUUGGUUCAGAAAGUGGGUCUUCUGGCUUCAGAUGCAGCAACUAUAUCAGUGGCAGUGAACAUAGGUUCAGGCACAGGCGGACUUCCAGCAGGAAUUUUGAUAGACCGCGCGGGCCCGCAGAUUGCCAUUCUUGUGGGCUCUACAUGUAUCUUCCUAGGCUACUUCUCGUUGAAUUACAUCUACGUGCAUGAGAUUGGUAGUCUCUUGCUCAUUUGCAUCCUGAUGGUAUUCAUGGGAUUUGGUUCGGUGACGAGUUUUUUUGCUGGACUCAAAGCUGCACAAGCAAACUUUCCAGAUAAUAGGGGUACCGCUGGUGCUUUGCCAAUAGGCGCGUAUGGCUUGUCUGCUACGGUGUUCUCCAUUGUUGCAGCGCGGUUCUUUGAUGGACAAUCCGGCAAAUUGCUCGCGUUCUUAGCCUUUUUCAAUGGUUCUGUAGCCUUUGUUGGCUCUUUCUUUGUGCAUGUCUACCCUAUGUCCCCAUUAGUGACUCUGACCUCUGCGUUAUGUCUUUCAGAGAUGAACGAAGAUACCCCCCGAAGUGUAAAAAGAAAAGCUUCAUUGGCCGGCUCUUUUUCUUUUUGGGGUAUAGGAACUCGCCUGCGGGAACCAUCUUUUGUCCAGCUUCCAUCUGGAGACACCUCGGCCGAGGCAGCUAGAAAGCCCAAUAGCCAAGGACUCUCCUUGUAUUCGUCUGCGAAUGAUCUGAAAGCCAUCAUUGAUAGUGAAGAAGAAUCAAGUGCGUCUGAAUUAACCGUCGCUGACACGAGCUCACGAAGCUUGCCGAUUGCUCCAACCCCAGUGAUGCUGCCUGGGCCUAGCGAUCCUAAGGGUACCUUGGAGGUCAUUCAAGACUUAUUGCGCGACAAAACAUACAUGAUUCAUUUCUGCAUUCUCUCCUUAAGCAGCGGCAUCUGUCAAAUGUACAUUUAUACAGUUGGUUUUAUCGUGACGGCUCAAUUUGAACACAACCAUCUACAAGGUUCACCGGCGACCUUGCAAGCUCUUCAAGUCUCUACCAUAUCAUUGGCAUCCUUUGGAGGAAGGGUCACUGGUGGUCUUUUCUCAGACUUUCUUCACAAAAAUCUCAGGGCACAACGUCAAUGGGUAGUCGUGGGUGCAAUCACUUUGACCUUUCUUACUCAGUUCCUAGUAAUGACAUCCAACACAAUUCACCUUGUCACACUUGCAUCUCUAUUCACCGGAGGAGCCUACGGCUUGCUCUAUGGAUGUUAUCCUGCCAUCAUCGCCGACCAUUGUGGAACCGAGUAUUUCACAACUGCUUGGGGAUUAGGAUGUUGUGGCCCCCUUCUUAUUCUUUUCAGUUUGGAAAAGGUCUUUGGCAGCAUCUAUGAUAGCCACUCUCAAAAUGGUGUUUGCGCAGUCGGUAAUAAAUGUUAUGAAGGUGCGUUCCAGGUGAGCUCGUUUCUAUGUGUUGCUGCUGCAUUAGUCACAGGGACAAUGAUGUAUAAAAAGAGAAGUGAUAGCGGGUGA